UCGGAAUUACUAAACCAUGCUAAUCCUCAAGAAGCUUGCUGUGGUCUUGGUGAUGCUAUCUAUUGUAGCUUCGCCAUCAUCAUCAGCAGGAGUACAAGGUGGUGACUUCAAAGAUGGUUUCCUUUACAAUGGAUUCAAAGAUCCAGCUGCUAACUUUAGAUUUGAGAAUAGCGUAGCAACCGUCACAGAUAAUGGGUUAUUGAGGUUAACCAGCAACAAAGACGGAAAUUAUCAAAUUGGUCAUGCUUUCUACUCUCGGAAAUUUCAAUUCAAGAGUAAUGUUACUGAACAAAAUUUAUCUUCUUCGUCAAAUACUAGUACUGGUGGUAAUGUUUUCUCCUUCUCUACUACAUUCGUCUUCUCUAUAAUACCGGAAAUUGAAGGUGUAAGUGGUCAAGGGAUUGCUUUUGUUAUUGCACCUAAAAGAGAGUUACCAGGAGCAAGAUCAAGCACAUAUCUAGGCUUGUUUAAUUCAACAAAUAAUGGAGAAAAAACAAACCAUGUCGUAGCUGUAGAACUAGAUACCAUCUAUAAUAAAGAUUUUGAUGACAUUGAUGGUGAACAUGUAGGAAUCGACAUCAAUGACCUGAAUUCCGAUAUAUCUGCACUAUCCGGGUACACAGAUAAUAACGGAAGGUUUAAUAACCUUAGCCUUAUAAGUGGGUAUCCCAUCCAAGUUUGGGUAGAAUACGAUGGCGGUGGGAAGAAACUUAAUGUUACCAUAGCGCCAAAUAAUGUUCGUAAACCCGAUGCUCCAUUAAUAUCUUACGACCGCGAUCUUUCAGAUAUCAUCUUAGAUAACAUGUAUGUUGGUUUCUCAUCAUCAACCAGUUUCGUACUAACAUCUCAUUACAUAAUGGGAUGGAGUUUUAAGAUUAAUGGAGAAGCACCACAGCUCGAUCUCGACAAACUUCCCGAUCUUCCUAAAAGAAAGGCUUCAAAAUCGUUACUCUUCGGAGUUGAAUUGCCAAUAAUUAUCCCAGUUAUUUUGCUAACAUUUAUCAUUGGCAUCUUAGUCGUCGUGAGGAAAAUCAGAAACGAGAAAUUUAAAGACGUGGUGGAGGAUUGGGAGCUAGAUUAUGGGAGGCAGAGGUUCUCAUAUAAAGAUCUAUACAUUGCCACAAAGGGAUUCAAGGAGAAAGAACUUCUUGGCAUUGGCGGUUUCGGUCGGGUAUACAAAGGUGAGCUACCAACUUCGAAAACUGAAAUUGCUGUCAAAAGAGUCUCCCAUAAUUCAAAACAAGGAGAAAGGGAAUUCAUAGCAGAGAUCAUUAGCAUUGGUAACCUUCGACACCGAAAUUUGGUACAGCUCUUGGGCUAUUGCAGGCGGAACAGAGAACUACUUUUGGUGUAUGAGUUCAUGCCAAAUGGAAGCCUAGACAAGUUUAUCUUUCGCACUUCGAACUCAACCUCAACAUCUCCUGUUCUCGGUUGGAACCAAAGAUUUCAAAUCAUCAAAGGUGUGGCAUCUGGAUUAAUUUAUCUGCACGAAGAGUGGGAAAAAGUUGUGAUUCAUAGAGACAUCAAGGCUAGUAAUGUUUUAUUAGAUGGUGAAAUGAAUGCAAGAUUAGGCGAUUUCGGUCUUUCAAGAUUGUAUGAUCGCGGAACCAAUCCUCGGACGACUAAUGUGGUUGGCACUCUGGGUUAUAUAGCACCGGAAAUGAUUAAAACCGGAAGAGCAACAACAAGCUCGGACGUUUACUCAUUCGGUGCUUUCUUACUCGAAGUUGCUUGUGGCAGGAGACCGAUAGAGAUGCAUAAAUCCGAGACGGAGGAGGGUGAAGUUCUUGUUGAUUGGGUUUUAUAUUGUUGGAGAAGCGGUAGAAUACUACAAACAAGUGACCCAAAUCUUAUGAAUGAAUAUGUAAAAGAAGAGAUGGAAUUGGUGUUGAAGAUAGGAUUGUUAUGCUCACGUAAUAACCCAAAGGCUAGACCAAGCAUGAGACAAGUGAUGCAAUAUUUAGAUGGAGAUGUGCUGUUUCCUGAAACUGAGUUGUGGGGACUUGAUUAUGAUGACACUUCCAUGUCGUCGAGUUCUGGCGAGCGUCCAUCCCAUGUCAUCGAAAUGGUGUCUCUUACAACGAGUAGUCGAUCGACAUCAGUUGCAGAGUCGCUCCUUUCUGGUCCAAGGUAGUAAUCGAUAUUUAUUAAUAUUAAAACGAAUGUAAUUAAGAUUGAUAACUAACGUAGAUAAUUGAUUUCAAUUGCCUUGUAAAACCGUUAUCUUCCAAAACAGUUGAU